ACACCAGGUUUCCUCAUCACUGUAUUUCCAUCCCUGUUUAAGAAAUACAAACACUGAAUACAUUUUCCAAUCAUUUGCCAACUGGAACCUUCUUCAUCAGCUUUGUUUCCACGGGAAUUAUCACAGUUACACCUCAACAACUUUAACGAGUCCAUGCAGAAACCGAAGUUUACCCUCGAUUCCAUUACUCAUUUUACAAUAUAAAUCAGAUAUAAUCCUGAAGCAGCGGCACACAUGGAGCUGACAUGGGAGGACAUCCCAGUCCCUGAACCGCACUCUCUACUAUUCAACAAAGAUCUCUACGAUAAAUUCUCCCUGGCGCCAACCAUCAAGGAACUCUGGGCCAUCGCUCAAAGUCCUGCUGUAAAGAGUGAGGUGAAAGAGGAAUCAGGAGACCGUACCACACCAGUCAACAUGCCCUCUACUCAGAACCAGCACAGAACAGCUGAACUGCCUUCUACUCAGAACCAGCACAGAACAGCUGAACUGCCCUCUACUCAAAUUCAGAAGCAUAGAAUUGAAACUAGAGAUAAGAGUGGUUGCAGUGGAGAGCCCUCUGUUGACAGUGAAGAUGAAGACAGUGACAGUAAAUAUGGUCACCCACCUGUUGGGUUUGCUAUCCCUAGUCAAAACCCCAGCCAGACAGCAGAGGCUUUCCCUGAGCCCAGACUGCCCUACCCCUGUGUCUCCAGUCUCACCCGUAACGAACAGCGGACCUAUCUAAAUGUGCUGACCAGCAAACAUCCCAGAGAGACUCCUCAGAAUCUGCUGAACCGUGUCAAAGGUGAGAGGUCAGAGUUCAUGAGAUACCUGCAGGAUGUGGCCAGGUUGUGUCCCGAUGACUACAAAUACAUAUCCCAAGGGGCAGCGCUUUACUCAGAGGAGUACCUGAAAGUCUGUCUGGACCAAAUAAAGAGCUGUCCCCACUUCUACCAGAUCCAUGAGAUGACCAGUUUAACAGGGGGAACAUUCUCUUCCAGCCUCCAGCUUAACUUUGAGAAACAGCUGCUGGCUAUGGGUGAGGUGUUGAUAACAGACCACAAGGUGGUUCCUAAUGAAGCUCAGCUGGAAUGGGACUAUCAGAUUGUUUCCUCACACACUCCUCCAGCUAAGAAAGCGAAGCUGUCACACACUGCAGUCAGCACUGAUAGUAAUGCAGAGAUGCUGAGCAGUCGGUAUGAACCCCAUGUGGUCCUGUGCAGAGAGAGUCUGGUCAGGCUGUUGGACAACCAUGGUCCUGACUUCAUGGAUCCCUGGGAGAUCCCAGUAGUCAUCAAGACCAAUGUUGUGAAAGGCAGUAGCCAUAGCAAGACCGUGUACCUGGACCCUCCUCUCCUGCAAACCCAGAUGAGUGUGAGGGAACGGAGCCGGCUCUUCCAUGAGGAGAGCAUCAAACUAUCAAUCAACAAAACUGGAACUAAAAGUGUCUUCCAUGUGAUGACUGAGAGUCCUGCUGUGUACCGACAACUCCCAGCUGAGAGCUCCCAGAGGACCUUGAUGUCGUUUGAGACCUCGGUUCUGGAUUUUGGUCUGGAUCUGACAGAUCUGGAGACUUUUGGAGAAACUACUUUAUCCCCAAAGAGGCUGAAGACUCAAAAACUACAGAAAGAUGCUACAAGUCAGCCAAAAGCUAAGUCUCAACAGACCUGCAGGAUCUCCAGUAUUCAGGAGAAGGAAGAGGAGGAGGAGGAGCAGGAGGUGGAGGAGGAGGCAGUGCCUUCAGAUGUGGCAGAAGGGGAAGAACCAGGGGAAAGUGGGCUUGGAGUGGUCCAGAGCCCUGCUGGGAACUUAUUGGCUGUCCCCAAACGGCUAAGGCAUAACUCGCAGGAAUCAGAGGAGUUAAUCUCUGGUCAGGGGUCAGGUCAAGGGUUAGGGUCAUUCUCAGGUGCAGACUCUGAGGAUGAGCGCCUGGUGAUCGAUGACCCUCUAUCUCCUGCCAAUUCCACCAGGGCGCCUCAUACCACCAAACCCCUGACCAAGCUGCCCAAUUUGGACACCCAACUGAACCUCCCUGGUGAGGCUAUCCUAGACACCCCACAGUCUCUAUCCUCCCAGCGGAUUAGACCAAGCCCUUCCUCCCCCACACAACCCCGCUCCACCAGGACCAAGAGAGUGGCCAGGAAGGCCAAGGUGCCAGGGAGCUGUGAUCAGUUGGGCCAGAUCCUAGCCAUGCAGAAGGCCAUGCUGAAACCCUCACAUAGCCAGAAUCAGACCCAGGACUUAGCCACACUCUGCAAUUCCCAACACACAGCCUCCCUCUCCCCCAGAGGCCCAUCAUGGCCCAACUCUAACCCCCAAUCCCUGGUAAAGCCUUGUGUGUCCAGUUACCUGGAGAGUACCCAGGAUGUAGAGACACAUGUCCACGCCCCCAUUGGAUUUGCUCCAAUAAACAACGACAAGACUGCACAACAAAAACGGCUGCUCUCUGAAGAUCUGCUGGUGGGGGCGGAGGAUGAGGGGGACUACACACCUCCAGAGGAGGGAAAUCUGCUCUAUAAACUCUACAGUCUGCAGGACCUGCUGCUGCUGGUGCGAAGUCACGUGUCCCUGGCACACACACGGAACAUGGGCACCGGAAACAAGGCGGUUCCUGUCCACAUCCUGUCCAAGAUGGAGUAUCAGCUGUCUUAUGGUGUGGAGAGUCUCACUAACACUGAGGCCUGCCAACUUUGGGCCGAGAAAUUACUUCACUCAAGCACAGUCUCUUACAUAGGUCACAUCAAUGCUCAUACCUCUAAGCUGGCGUUGCUCUGGAAGCUGCCUGCAGACUGGAAACCCAGUGCUUCCUGUGACUUCAGACCAGCCAAGUCUCUGAACAUUCUGCACCAUCUUCUGAAGAUGAUGACUGGGUUAUCUGAGGGGCACUACCUGAUUGGACAUAAGGCAGGGGAGCCCUUUGUCACCAUCUUUAAGGCAGUGGAGGGAAGGAGGGUGGUUCGAGGGGUCUAUGACCUGCAGCAGACCCACAGCAGGGUGCCCUCUAUCCCUGAUAUUGGCCCUUCAUCCUGGGUACCUCUGGAUCCUGCUGUGGUCCUUCCCUUCCACCAGAAACAUGGCCGGCCACCCUGCAUCUUUCCCCCUCCAGACCUGCAGCAUGGACACAAGGCAGGGAAAGGCAGGGCUGGAGGGCCAGCAAUGGCCAAACCUAAUUCUCCAUCCAAGCAGGGAGUAAAGAAGAAAAAGAAAAAGAAGCGGUUAAAAACUGUGAGACAAAACCAGAAGAUCAAGAAGCAGAUCCAGCGCCAUCGGAACAACCAUUGGAACCCUAUGGAACCAUCUACAGGCUCAUAGAAAAAUACUUAUAACUAUCUUCUUAAACAUUGAACAUGCCAAAUACCCAUAUGGCAUUCUAUAGAACAAAAGAACCUCUCAGAACUUUAGAUGCAGUCUGGGAUUAUUUGUCUACUGGUUUUAAUAAUUCUGUGUCUUGUAUGGAAUGUAGUGGCUGACUGAGCUAUGAUGAUUCUACCCAAAUGUUAUGCCAAUAGAAAUCCAGCCCAAAAUGGGCAGUAUGGAAAAUGAUUCUGUUAAUUCUAAAAGUCCCUGGCUGCAUCUUCUAAGAGUUUGUUUUCUUGGUGUACUUUUUGCUCUCUAUUAAUUUUGGUCUUUAUUUAAAAAAUAUAAUGUAAAUUUUUGAUGAAAAUACAGAAAAAUAAACUGUAA